AUGGAUUACUACAAAUGUCCGACGCACGACUUGUAUUCAGAGACGCAACGCCGCAGCCUUCCUCCGCUCUCGAGAAACAGGGAACAGCUCAACGAGGAUUUGGUGCAAGAUGACAUCGAUCGGGGAUCAGAUGCGACGACAAUACGUACUGUGGACCGAAGCACGUUGUUACCACAAACAACCAGAUCGGCGCACGCAGGCGAGAUUGGAAACACGAUUGUGGCCAGUCAGUUGGUAAACGAGAAGAUCGUUUACUGGACCCUGAACACAUUCUUUCCCACGCUACAUCUCUUCUUCGAGUCGGGUCGCUCGUGUGUCAUAGACGGUGGAAGAUUGUCGGACGCAUUUGUAGGGCUAGAUCCCGCGCUUCGAUUCAAACUGACAGACUGCGCACACGAAGAGGAAGGUCGCGUCUCUAACUCGAUACUGCCUGAACGAUUCUCAGAUUCAGGUAUUGGUCUCGUUAUACAGGAAGCGGUUGUCUCCCAGCGCACAAGUAUCGCAGUGAAAAACAGCCAGCAAUGGGCACCGCGAGAUCCACCUCAGUUCCGGAUCGUAACAGAAAUGCAUACAGUCAUCGGGUUAAGACUCAGGGGAAUGAACAAGAUGGCUUUCAUAUGGGCGAGAACAAAAGCGCCUUCUGGAGGAAGAUUAUGGGGAGAUAUCCGGCUAACCUUGAGCGACAAGUGUCUGGAGCCGAGCUCUUACAACAACCUCCAGCUAAACAUCAUCAUGCCUGGCGCAACCGCUAUCGUCCUCUACCCUCGCAAGGAGGGCUCCACUUUUGACAAGGAGUACUACCUCAAGACACACAUGCCCCUCGCCAUGAAGCACUGGGGCCCACACGGUAUGAAGUCCUACGCCGUCAGCGAACUCGGUGCCGAUGGCCCAUACUCCAUCUCCUCCGUCAUGGAGUUUGACAGCCAAGAAGCUGUUGGAAAGGCCAUGCAGGAUCCAGGAACCAAGGAGAUCAUGGACGACGUAAAGAACUUCACCAACUCUGAACCUAUCUUGGUUCACGGCAGCAUCAUCGGAACGAGUUAA